CGCAUCCCCAGGAGCGCCAGCCCCUCCGGCUCACCUUCGCUACUCCAGCCCCGGUCUCUCCACCUCCACAGUGCACACAGACCCACCUCGAGGCCCUGAGCUCCAGCUUGCUUGCGUACGACCAUGUCGCCUCUGUCCGGAACGAAGGAGGCUCUCUCGAAGACCGACGUCGACGCGAGGUCCAUCACCAGCUCGCGGUCCCGCAAUGGGAGCACCGACGACGACGACAGGCUGCUCGAGGAGUUUGGCUACGUGCCCUCCUUCAGGCGCGAGUUCUCCAACCUCGCGACGAUCAGCUUUGCGUUCAGUAUCAUGGGUCUCUGCUCCAGUGUGGCCACGACUUUCAACACCCCUCUCCUCACUGGUGGCCCCGCCUCCGUGACCUGGUGCUGGAUCCUUGGUGCCUGCAUGUGUUUCACCCUCGGUUCCAGUAUCGCUGAAAUCGUCAGCGCGUUCCCGACCUGCGGUGGUCUCUACACCGCGUCCGCGCAGCUCUGCCCGCCGCGCCACCGCGCCAUCGUCGGAUGGGUCGUCGGCUGGCUCAACCUCCUCGGCCAGGUCGCGGGUCUGUCCUCGACGGAGUUCGGGUUGGCGAACAUGAUCUGGGCGGCCGUCGUCGUCUCGAAGGACGGAGACUACGUCGUCACGCAGGGUAUGACCGUCGGCUUGUUCGCUGGGCUGCUCGUCUUCAACGGUCUCCUCAACUGCCUCGCGACGCGCCAACUCGCACAUAUCACCAAGGCCUUCGUGUUCGUGAACCUCGGCGCGACGAUCAUCAUCAUCAUCGUGCUCCUCGCGAUGACGCCGCGCUCCGAGAUGCACGCCGCCUCGUACGUCUUUGGCUCCGACGGCAUCGUGAACCAGACGGGCGGGUGGAACACGGGGCUUGCGUUCCUGUUCGGGCUGUUGAGUGUCCAGUGGACGGUGAGUGAUUAUGACGCUACCGCGCACAUCUCAGAAGAAGUGAAGCGUGCAGCAUAUGCAGCGCCGUCGGCUAUUUUCAUCGCGGUCAUCGGCACAGGUUUGAUCGGAUGGAUUCUGAACAUCGUGAUGGUGCUCUGCUCUGGCCCCCUUGAGAACCUUCCGGGCGCGUCUGGUUCAGCCUUCUUAGAGAUCAUGGUACUGCGUAUUGGAAAACCUGGCGCUCUGUUCCUUUGGAGCUUUGUGUGCCUGACAGCGUUUUUCGUGUGUCAGACCGCAUUACAGGCAUGUUCGCGGAUGGUUUACGCGUUCAGUCGCGAUCAUGCGCUCCCGGACCGCGGCUACUUCGGACAGGUUACGUUGUGGACGCAGACGCCGCUGCGUGCAGUGUGGUUCACCACUAUCCUCAGUAUCCUCCCCGGUCUUCUGGAUCUAGCGAGCCCCGUCGCAGCAAACGCCAUCUUCGCCCUAUGCGCUAUCGCACUAGACUCCUCGUACAUCAUCCCCAUCAUCUUGAGAAGGCUGUACAGGAACCAUCCAGAUGUCCACUUCAAGCCAGGUCCCUUCUUCAUGGGAGACGGGCUUCUCGGUUGGGUGGCGAACUUGACAUGCAUCUUCUGGACGAUGUUCGUCUGCGUGAUUUUCUGUAUUCCAACGGAGCUCCCCGUGACCAAGGCGAACAUGAACUACGCAUCGGUCAUCACAGUGGGCAUUAUCUUCCUCUCCGGUGUAUGGUUCGUGUGCGGCGCACAUCGCCACUACAAGGGUCCUAGCGGCGCCCUUGACAAUGACCGGGAAGGUGUCGCUUCGACGGUCCAAGAUGAUGAGAAAGUAGGCGUGGCAUGAAUGCACGUUUCUUGGAUACGAAAGCCUAUACACCAGUAUACCGUGAGUGCAUGCAAGGAGGUCAAGGAAGUGCUCAAUCUACACGUAGGCUUCAUGUCGUAAUCGCCUGUGAAGCCAGGCGCGUUUUACGAGUGUGGAGUAUCGAAUAUAGAUGCAAUACUGCGUACGACAAAUCUAUUGGUCAUGGGAUGUCAUGUCAUCAAUCUAUGCAUCUCGGCAUCUUCGAGGCACAAACGAUAGCGCCAACCAUAU